AUGGGUGUCACAGAGGAAUUGCUGGAAGACGAACUCUGCGACAUUGAGACAGGAUCCCCGUGUUCUUUAGAGGGUCAUGAAGAAUGCAGACAGCAGAAUGAAGUUGACAAAAUUGGAGUUUGUGUAUGCACAGCUGGCUUUCACCGAGAAUUCCAUGGUGCUCCAUGCCUUCCCUCUAAUUUCACUUCAAAGAUCUUAUCAGUCGAAUCGAAUACAACAGAGAAUAUUGCAUUUCGUACAAAUGUGACAAAGUUCUUCGUCGACGGCCCUGCAACCGUACAGCUUCCAGCUGAUUCCAUAUCUGCAAGGGUUGUGCUGUCUGACGAAGACAUUUCCUUUGGGCAUACGUAUUCAUAUCUGUGGGAACUACUACAAGGGUCUGGGCUUGCGUUCGCCUCCUCGUACAAAAAUUCUGUGCUAGAGUUGUCACAGUUAAAACCUGGAAGUCUGCUCUUCCGAAUCACCGUUUCGAACAACACACAUUCCGGACAAAGAAACUAUGCGUUGAAAGUUGAACCAGCGAAAGUUCCGAAUAAACCACCAAAAGCAGUGAUACGACCCGAAUCUCCAGUUCACGGAGUUGAAGGAUCCAGACUUACUCUGGAUGCAGAAGGAAGUAUCGAUGACGACAAAAUCGUCUCGUAUAAAUGGACUCAAGAUAAAGGGCCUAGCAUUCCAUUGCCGGCCAUGAACACUCCUAUCUUGACUUUGGAUAAUAUGGUUGCAGGCACAUACGUCUUCAGCGUAUUGGUGACUGAUAAUGGUGGACUAACUUCAUCAGCGUCAGCACGUGUAGAAGUUGAAACUGAACGUGAUGAUCCACCAAAAGCUCAUAUCAAUGAGUGUGGCAGCAAAGAGCACUCUGGCUCACUUACUAUACGGCUUCCAAGAGCAGAAGUGAGCCUGUGUGGAAAUGGAUCUUUGGAUGACAAAGGGAUUGUGUCAUAUAACUGGUUCCGUGUGGACAAGUUGUCUGGGAAACUAUCUGUUGACUUAGCUGGAUCGACAACGAGCAUACUUACUCUAAGGAAUAUACAGGCGAAUGAGCGCUUUGGACCGUACGAAUUCCAGCUAGACGUGAAGGAUACUAAAGGGCAGAAAGAUUCUGCACGUAUCAGCAUAUUCGUCAAUAAGGCUGAGAAUUUACCUCCUGUUGCCGAUGCCGGUGGAAAUCACACACUAAUUCUCCCUGAAUCUGCCAUUGUUCUCGACGGCAAUGCCAAAGAUGAUGGCAGCAUUAUCAGUUAUUUAUGGACUCAAGUCGAGGGUCCUACAAAAGUUUCUUUGGUGAAUGCUGACAAAGCGAAGGCAACCGCUUCCGGAUUUAUCGAAGGAGUAUAUCAUUUUGUAUUGACCGUAGUUGAUGAUGGAGGUCUAAACGCGACUGCGUCCGCUUACAUUAGCGUUGAACGAAGUAAAAAUGAACCUCCUGUAGCUCGAGCAUCCAAUAUCACUGUUCGUCUACCAACAGCUAUAGCCGUUUUGAAUGCAUCGCUGUCCACUGACGAUGCCGGAGUUGUUGCUUUCCACUGGCAACCUUUUGACGAGGUUCCCGCCUCUAUGAUUGCUCUCGAUGGCUCCGAGCAUAGGGCAGUAAUGUUUUUGACUGGAAUCGUAGAGGGAACACAUUUAUACAACCUCACAGUGUUUGAUCAGCAGAAAGCUAGUGAUUCCACCAUCGUUCAACUGAUUGUAAUGAAAGGGGAGGAAGAGAUUGAAUCAGUCGAAAUCUUAAUGAAUAAGGAUGUGAAGGAGUGGACCUAUCGCCUCCUCCGUAAGCUGCAAGACAGAAUUGAAGCUAGCCUUGCAGGAUCCAUAGAGGAAAGCGACUCUGUCAUGGUGCACUUCACGCGAUUUGAGGAACUGGCACAGGACGGCAGAUUGAGGGCUGUUUUCUGGGCAAGAACUCGUUCAAAACCAGAGAAUACGAUGCGACAUCGACGACUGAUAUCUACAGAAUACUCCAGUGCUGUUGUAAAAGCUCAAAGAGCAGUAAAAAUUCUGCGUCAAGAGUCAACUAUGCUUACGGAUUUCCAUAUUUCUGUCAUACAAACUUUAUACUGCAAGCUUAAUUGUUCUGGACACGGAAAAUGUAACGAUGCAACCAAACAGUGUGAAUGCGAUAGUUUUUGGAUGGGCAAUAUUUUUGCUUAUCUCUUGGCUGGCUUCAAAUACGAAGAUUGCGCAUGGUCGUCGGUGUAUUUUUGGAUAACAUUUUCAUUCUCGACAAUGCUACUAGCAGUAUGUGUAUUAAUGCGGAGGCGAUCUGCAGUCUGGAACCGAGUUAAUAGAAGACGCUUCAGGCGACGGAAAAGGUACUCUGCUCUUCGAAGCGAAUCAGAUGAUGUGGAAAAGGAAGCCUAUCGUAUGCGAAAUGGGCCACGGUUAGCCCCGCUGCCAAUUCCACACUCAAGUGAAUCACUAGAUUCAGAGAGUGACGAACUGCUCCAAGUGUCAGAAAGUGGAUGCUCUUUGCAAAAACGGGAACGCUCCUCUGCGGAGAAGAGAGGUUUUAAACGGCAAAGAAGUGCAUGUAAUAAUCCGGGUAAUUUGUGUGAUAUAAGUACUCAUGGAUGUUGA